UUUGAGCCACCACAACCAGUGCAACACAACAUGAUCACGAUUAUCUUCUCACUUCUGGCGGCGGUGGCUGUUGCUGCUCCACAGUAUAAUAUUGGUACCCCGAUUCCUGCCCCUGCUCCGAUCCCAAGCUAUAAUGUCCCAGUGCAAGCUCCAGCUCCUGCUCCGGUCCCAAGCUACCGGGCCCCAGUGCAGGCUCCAGCCCCGGCACUAGAGUACGGAUCAAAACUCGCGCCUGUGGAGAUCCUGAGAGAUGAUCGCCAAGGACCUGACGCCACUGGAGCUUACAGCUUCGCCUUCGAGACUGCUGACGGUAUCAGUCGUCAGGAGCAGGGCACCCCCGAGGGCCCUAAUGGAGCCGUGUCAGUCCAAGGAGGAUGGUCAUUCACUUUUCCCGAUGGAACUCCCGGAGUCUUCAACUUUGUUGCUGACGGUGCAGGUUAUCGCCCGGAGUCUCCCCUGCUACCCACGCCCCAUCCUCUCCCAGCCCACGCCAUCGCCCAGAUCGAGUUUGCCCGACAGCAAGAAGCUGCCGCCGCUGCUUCUGGAGCAAGUAACCGUUACUCUGCUCCAGCUCCUGACCCAGCCCCUGCCCCGACGAACCAGUAUGUAGUUCCUCCCACCGUCCCUGCCCCACAGAGGACUUACCAAUCCCCACGGUAAAUAAGGACAAGCUAUUCUAAAACGAUAUUUAUACCUAUAAGAGUGAAAUGACACGUGAGAAAACACUGAGACUUAUACAAAUAUGUCCUAGUAUUUGCUAAUGUGUCUUUUUAAACCAGUUUGUUGGUAUCAAUUACCAAAG